AUGAAUACAAUUCGCUCGCUGCUAAAGGUAACGACGCUUGGGGCAAUGACCUUCAAUUUCGCAUGUCUGAGCAACGAACGUAAAAAAACCAUGGACGAACAGAACAAAGCGGAUAGCAAGAUAAAUCAACUUGGAUUUGCGGUUACACCGAAGCCGUACCGGAGUAAUCCGGGACUAUUUUUAAAAUGUGGGUUUAAUGAUGAGAACGAAGCAGGAUCAGCGCAAAACAAGAGCACACUUCAUAUGUUGGCGAGUGAAGUCCUGAAAGUACGAAGUUCUCUACCGUUGUCCUACCGGACACCUAUUAUAGUAAAGUUGACACCUGAUUUAUCCGAACAAGAUGUGCAGGAGAUAAUCGAUAUUGUAAACAAAGAGGAAUGUCCGGUGGAUGGGUUAAUCGUCACAGGUAAAACCGUCGAACGUUGGACUAACCUAAAAAGUUUCAAUAGCGAUCGAUCGGGUGGUUGGCUUGGACUGCAUUUUCUCGAAAAAUCUAUUCAGUUUGCCGCGAAGGUUAUUGUAAUUGGCGGCGGAGCUUUUCGUGGACGUGAACAACUCAACCAAAUUCUCAACGGCGCCAGUGCAGUUUAA